AGGUCGGACUGGACACCUGUGUCUCUUCCCUCUGGGAGACUGUGACCAGUGAUACACAGUGACAUACAGCCUUCUAAGAACAAGAAACACAAAUCGGGAAAAGCUAUCCUGGGGUUUCUGCACACCGCUGCGUCCCCAUAAUGAAUGAAUCCAGCAGUCCGGAAGUCUGCUACCCACCAAUGCCCUAUGAAGACAGCAGGAGACUGCUGGUUGUGUGCUACAGUAUUGUUUUUGCUUUAGGCUUGCCAGCGAAUUGCUUUACUACAUGGCUAACAUUUAUACAAAUCCGAGGGAAGAACGUUCUUGCCAUCUAUAUUUUUGGCUUAUCGCUGUGCGAGCUGAUGUACUUGAGUACCCUGCCCCUCUGGGCUAUCUAUGUACAAAACCAACACAGAUGGGAGAUGGGGUCAAUGGCUUGCAAGCUAACAGGAUAUAUCUUUUUCUGCAACAUAUAUAUCAGCAUUCUGCUCUUGUGUUGCAUUUCUAUUGAUCGCUAUGUAGCAGUGGUGUAUGCUUUGGAAUCCAAGGGAGCAAGGCAUCAGAGAACUGCAAUCUUCAUCACAUUCAUUCUCUUUUCUGCAGUUUUAGUAAUCCACUGCCCAGUAUUUAUUUUACAAGAUGGCGAGCAGACUUCAAACCGUACAACCUGCUUUGAGACUUUACCACUCAACUUACAAUUGGCUUAUUUCAACUUUGCCAGGUUCCUAAUUGGAUUUGCCAUUCCUUGCACAAUCCUCAUUUUCACAAACUACAGAAUUUUCCAAAGUACCGAAAUAAGCAACAGCUUGGGAGAACGCCAAAAAGCCAAAGUGAAGUACUUGGCUAUGGCCGUCAUCACCAUUUUUCUGAUCUGCUUUGCUCCCUACCAUUUGGUGCUCCUGAUAAGAUCCAUAAACUUUCUUUUGCAUCAGAAGGACUCAUGUUCAUUUGAACACCACAUAUAUUCUAUUUCUGCGGCAUUUCUGUGUUUAUCCACUGCUAACAGCGUUGCUGAUCCAAUCAUCUAUGUAUUGGCUAGUGAACAUGCUAGAAAAGAUUUCUACAGGAGUCUGACAAGAUGGAGAUAUCCGUCAUCCACCAAUACCAGCCUCAAGUUGAAAAAUUCAAAAGAAUCACAGGAAGCAGCACAGACAUCGGAAAAUUUAAAUUUGACCACACUUUCAAAGGAACAGUAGAGGUUUCAACCAUCAACAGUGCUUUAAUGAGGGUUCUGCUGGCAGUGAUUAAAGUGUCCCCCAAAAGAGAUGGAGGUCACAUGUUUGGGGCAUCACAACAUCUUGAUAUGGCUUUGUCACAAUGCAUGCAUGUCGGAGGAGUACUAAUGCCUAUCAGAAGAGGGAUCUGCUGUCUGCCUCCCAACUUACUUAAACCACAGCCCACCAGUAUUUUCAUUCUAAACCACGCUUUGCAAGGAGCAGCUACUGUCAAUUGACUGGUUUCCUUAAAGUCAAACUAAAAUUUGACAAAUUUAUUCUCAGGGCUCAAUCCUUUUCUCGUACACUUUCAGCACCAAUUUUAGCUUCUAAGGGGACUUUGUAGUUCUAAUAGAAAAGGAAGAUCUCAGGGUUUACAUGCAUGCAGUAGCAUUUGUAGUUAAACACUGGAAAUGGUAGACCCAAAUUAAAGCCCUGUAAAUAUUUCUAAUAAGCUUUAGACAUUUGGAUUUAAUUUACCUGACAUCAUCAGGGGAAGGCAGAAAUCAAGAAGAAUUCCUUGCCUUAAGAGUUACCAUAAAUUACCAGCUUAGAGCAUACAGAUAAAACCCCUGCAUCAAGCUACUGUACAGGUCUGGAAUUCAUGGAAAUGUAUAUUUCAAAUGUUUGAUUCUUUAUGUUUGUUCAAAUCUUGUACUGUACUUAACAAAUCUUGCAAGACAUAGCAUUUAGUACAUUUAUGACUAUUUUUGAUAAUUCCACCACAGUUUGUUUCAACUUGAACCUUACAUCUGCAGGGUUUGGCUUGGCAUCAAUCCCUUGCAAAUAGAACUGCAGGGUCUAAGUUGGGAGCUGAUCCUUCAGUAUUAGUGUUUAGUCCAGAUCCUAGCAGAUAGGAGUCCACAGCACUGUUGGCUGCCUUAUUAACAGCAAGGUAUUGAGACACUGAGACUGAUCUACCUUCUGGCACUUCUUAAGAGCUCCCCAGGACAAGGUAGUGGUAUACUGGUGAGAUGGUGUUGAGAAACGUUUAUUACUGCUGGCUACACUGUACCUGUGAAUAAAUGGAGAUAUGUACUGUCCAGUGCCUUCAAUCCAGCAUAGCUCAUGAGGACAAAUUAAAAACAAACAAAAAACUAAACCAAAUAAUUGUCAGAUGGCAGCACAUGGCCUGUGAUAAGAUCUCACGCCUUUCAGACUCUUACAGAACCUAGAUAAAGUGGGCAAAAGAUGACAAGAAAUCGUAUCUUGAAACAUUCUUAGUAUUUCUUUAUUUAAAUUAGACUUUCAAUGUUCUUAUCAAAUACAGUAAUGUCGUUGUAAUUUAUUUGUACUGUUGCUCCAGUAUUUCUUUUAUUUAAUUAAUGUUACUUUUUUGGACUAAACCAGAAUCAGAUAUAAAAUGGUAUCAUUCUCUAUUCUUUUUUACAUUUUGAAAAAGACAUCUUUGAGCCAGCAGGACUUUACCUGAAUUUAGUAAUAUUCAGGAGAAGAUGAAGUCCCAGUGGUGCAGAUUUUGGAUCCAGGCAUCAGAACACUUACUUGAGCAUGCAUAGGGGUUUUUGAAAACAGUGGUUCAAGGGAGAACACUAGAUUUGUUUAUGGGUAAAGUGAUUGCUCAAGGGAGUAUACCAAAGUUGUUUUGUUCAGGCUAGACAAUGGAAGCUCAUCAUUCCUCGCUAUGGGCGGUGUUCCUUGGAGGGAGCUCAUAAUGCAGUUAGGGAGCGUCACUAUUUUAAAUACCAAGGAAGGAUUUAUUACUAGAAUUGGUCUGAUAACUACUGAGCUGGGUGUGUGCAGGCGUGGGUUCAUUAACAUCUGGAGCAGAGAUUCCCCCAUCAUGCAGUGCUUCCCUGCUUUUUUGGACUCAGAGUUCCGUGCAGUUUUUGCCUUGGAAUCUCUGUUCUCCAUUCUGUAUGCUAAUGGAGAUGCCUCCCUAUCCCAUCUUCGAUGCAAAUGAGGCUAGGGGAGUUUCCUUAAACCUGUCACCCUUGUCCUAGGGAUUUAGGUGUGUCUCCCAUUGCCUUUCCAUUGAUUUUUGUAAGUCUUUCUUCUGAUCAGUUUUGGUACAAACAGAGGCUGGGGGUGGAAAGGUCUUUCAUGAGUCAGACAGCUGGGUACUGUGCCCUGGUUCCCCAAGAAUACAGAACUGCUAGGUAACAGAAUGAAUUCUAAUGUGUUUCUUAUUAGCAAUGUUGUUUUCCAAUCCUUGUAUAUAGACACAAGAGAUUAAACCUUCCGCAGAUUUAUGACUUGAUUUUUUGGAAAUUGCUGAAUACCUAAAAUUUCUCAUGAAGUCUUCUGAAAAUCAGGCCUUCCAUUAUUAACAAAUAGAUACAGUGUUGCUGGGAAGGGACCAAUACCAAGAGAGGAGUGGCUGGCUCACUACAAAAGCAAUUUUCCCACUCUUGGUAUUGACACCUCCUCAUCAAUUAUUGGGAGUGGACCACAUCCACCCUGAUUGAAUUGGCCCUGUCAACCUUGGUUCUCUACUUGUAAAGUAACUCCCUUCUCUUCAUGUGCCAAUCUAUAUUUAUGCCUGUAUCUGUAAUUUUACUCCAUGCAUUGGAAGAUGUGGGUUUUUUACCCACGAAAGCUUAUGCCCAAAUAAAUCUGUUGGUCUUUACGGUG